GAAUUGUCAUCCUUUCCUAGCACAGCCUCUACAUCACAGGAAGGCCAUGAAAGCAAUUCAGAAUCCACUUCUUCCAGGAAAUUGAAAGUUACUCUGUUAAGCAGUGAAUGGAGGUCAACAAAAGGAGGCUUAUCAACCAUCAACCGAGAGCUGGCCAUUCAGUUGGCAAAACACCCCAGCGUGGAAGUCAGUGUUUAUCUCCCUCAUUGCAGCAAAGAGGAUAAACAAGUUGCUGCAAGUCACAAUGUACAGCUUAUUAAAGCAGAAGAAAUGCAAGGUUAUGACCCCGUUGACUGGUUGUCCUUUCUUCCUGAAAACCAUUCUGUGGAUUGUGUGAUAGGACAUGGGGCUGUUCUUGGUCGGCAAGUGCAGGGUAUAAAACGUCAGUGUAAGUGCAAGUGGAUUCAGGUUGUUCAUACAGCUCCUGAAGAGCUUGGUAUGUACAAGUCCUACGCAGAUACCGUUUCAAAAGGUGAGAAAAAGCACGAGGCUGAGGUAAAACUCUGUGAAAAAGCUGAUCAAGUUGUAGCUAUUGGACCCAAGCUGGCUGAAGCUUUCUCAGGUUAUCUCCGUGCCUGUGGAAAGGAUCAAGAUGUUCUUAAUCUUACCCCAGGCAUCUUCUCUGAAUUUUCUGAGGUAAAUCAAGCCACUGAAGAAAGAAAAACAUUCGGUGUUUUAGUGUUUGGACGUGGUGACAAUGAAGACUUUCAGCUAAAAGGAUAUGACAUCGCUGCUCGCGCUAUUGCCGAGUUGAAAGACGAGCCACAGCCCUAUAAGCUGUUGUUUGUCGGAGCUCCAAGUGGUGAAGAGGAGAAAGUAAAAGAUUUGUUACUCCAGCAAGGCAUUGAUCGCAGUCAACUAACUGUGCGUUGUUUCAAUGAAAGUAGAGAGCAGUUAGCCCGUUUGUUUUGUGAAGUAGAUCUUGCUAUAAUGCCAUCACGAACGGAGGGAUUUGGUCUUGCUGCGCUUGAGGCUUUAUCCGCUGGUCUGCCCGUGUUGGUCAGUGGGAACUCCGGUCUUGCGGAAGCUUUAAAGAAAAUUCCUCAUGGUGCAAGCUGUGUGGUAACGUCAGACGAUCCAAAAGACUGGGCUAGUGCAAUAAGAGCCGUCCGUCACAAAGACAGGGACAUGCGACUGGGGGAGUUUGAUUUUGUGCGUGGUGCAUAUGCAAAAAAGUACAGCUGGAAGGAACAGUGUGAUAAACUUGUUGAAAGGAUGAAAGUGAUCUCUUCAGAAGGUCAGUUAAAAUAAGUACUGUUGUAGUGCGUCUUCUGUUGCAUAUAUAUUAGACUUAAAAUGAAAUGUACGCUAGCCCGCAAAUAAAGCCAGAUCUUCCAUCACUCCCUGCCACCGGCAAUGUUUGCGGAAGAGAAUGCUGUCUGAGAGGCGGCUGUAUUCGCAGGCUAAAUGUACAUGUAUACAUAAUACUUAUGAUUUAAAUUGCAUUUACAAAGUAAAAACAUGCCGUACGCUCAUUAAACUUGAAAGCCUUCUUAAUACAUGCUCAUUUAGAAGCAGACCUUAUCACAAACAACUGCACCUACGUUUUGGCAGAAAAAGUUGUGUUAUUAGAACGAUAACUAAACGAGAAUAUUUCGAUAGAGUUCGGCUGGAAGUAAAACGCUGUCUGAAACAUUGAUCGCAGGUUAAGGUGGCUCGACUGGAUUUUUUUGGGGGAAUACCUCCCACGUUUGAGCAUUAACUACGUCGGCAUGAGUAAACAUAUGGGAAAAAGGUUACCACGACUGUAUUAUAUAAAGAUGAAAAUUUCUUAUGAUCUGGGUUUUAUUGCAAUCGGAGUCACCAUGGCAACGUAAUGACGCCAUUACGCUUUUUAUUUAUCUCUGUGUUUCUCUGUACCAGGAUUUUUUUGAAGAAAUCGCUUAACGGAGUAUGUACCUGCCAUAAUUGCCUCCAUUAUGGCAAAGUUUCAACAAAUUCUAUGAGAGCGUUUUCGAAAUAUUUUGACACGCAGUUUGAACAAUCAUAAAAACGGUGAAAUAGCAUGCUAUCCAUACAAUUCGCUAAUAUUUUAAGAAACUGAUAAUGUUUGGAAACGCAGCUUCAUCCCAUAGUGUUUUGAUUCCAUUGAAAACUGCAUACAAAAAAAGAGGGGAAUUGCUCUGAGCGAUCGCGAGUAAGAAGAAUUUUAUUGACUUGCAUUCAGCUGCUUUUGUUAUAGUUUUUGGACGUAAUUUGGUCCAUGCCUACAAAUUUCGCAUUUUUCAAAAAACCGCUCGAUAAAUUUCUUUAUAAAUUCGACAAUCUAGAGACCAAUUGUCAAUAAAUAUUCCCUGCAAGUUUCAAGAACAUUGAAAACAGGGAAGGCUUUUAAAUAGGGCCUCAAAUAUAACCACUUUUUCCCCCAGAUUUUGUGUUUACAAGUGAGCGUCCUCAUUAUUCACUGGCAUUGUUUUCAAGUUUCAUAUGCACGUGCACAACUAGCAAAAGAUAUAAAUUUGCAUCAAAAAGAACUCUCGAUUACUUUCCAAAGAAAUACACGGAAUAUGCUAAUAAUUGGCUUGUGUCACCGACAGCAGUGAGAGCCGAAACGAUGGACGUCACUGCUCAUCGUGUAGGAUGCAAUACUUAAUUAUGUUACUCGAGUUAUAACAUCACAGGAACUCUUACAAAGAAUUGCUCUGAUGUUAUUAUGUAUCACUAAUCUCUUUACCCGGUAAUUAGCAUAUUCCGGAGAUAUAACCGAGGGUCCUUUUUGAUGCAAAUUCUAUCUUUUUGCUAAAUGUGCACGUGUAUAUGAAACUUGAAAACAAUGCCAGUGAAUAAUGAGGACGCUCACUUGUAAACACAAAAUCUGGGGGAAAAAUUGGUUAUAUUUGAGGCCCUAUUUAAAAGCCUUCCCUGUUUUCAAUGUUCUUGAAACUUGCAGGGAAUAUUUAUUGACAAUUGGUCUCCAGAUUGUCGAAUUUAUAAAAAAAUUUAUCGAGCGGUUUUUUGAAAAAUGCGAAAUUUGUAGGCAUGGACCAAAUUACGUCCAAAAACUAUAACAAAAGCAGCUGAAUGCAAGUCAAUAAAAUUCUUCUUACUCGCGAUCGCUCAGAGCAAUUCCCCUCUUUUUUUGUAUGCAGUUUUCAAUGGAAUCAAACCACUAUGGGAUGAAGCUGCGUUUCCAAACAUUAUCAGUUUCUUAAAAUAUUAGCGAAUUGUAUGGAUAGCAUGCUAUUUCACUGUUUUUAUGAUUGUUCAAACUGCGUGUCAAAAUAUUUCGAAAACGCUCUCAUAGAAUUUGUUGAAACUUUGCCAUAAUGGAGGCAAUUAUGGCAGGUACAUACUCCGUUAAGCGAUUUCUUCAAAAAAAUCCUGGUACAGAGAAACACAGAGAUAAAUAAAAAGCGUAAUGGCGUCAUUACGUUGCCAUGGUGACUCCGAUUGCAAUAAAACCCAGAUCAUAAGAAAUUUUCAUCUUUAUAUAAUACAGUUGUGGUAACCUUUUUCCCAUAUGUUUACUCAUGCCGACGUAGUUAAAGCUCCAACGUGGGAGGUAUUCACCCAAAAAAAUCCAGUCGAGCCACCUUAAGGUGCACUGUACAUGUGCAUUCUCCAGGUGAAAACAAAAACAGGUAAGGUGGCAAAUCUCUGACUGGCAAAAAUAAUUUGAUCAACACGAAACUGAUUUCAUUUCAGACUCAUCAAAAAGACUUCAAUCUUUGGACAAAGGUAAAAGGCCAUUAUCCCCAAGUGAUACCCCAGCUUCAAAACAACCGAGACUGUGGAGAUAUGCAGGUAAACCAUAGGUUAUAUUGUGUUGCUGUAAUAUCUCAUUCAUUAGAGCAUUCAGUCUAUACAUGUAGUGUAGUGCUUUCUUGAUUUAUAUUAUUUCGUUUGGGUAUGAGAGGGCUUGUUCAAGUGUCAUACAUAAAAUCGGGCUUCGUUAUUCAGUUUGUGGGGCUCUUUUAUUACUAUAAUUCUUUGCUAUUUACGGCAGCAUAGCUGAGCAGUGUACCAUGGAAGCUUUUAUUGCCUGCAGAAAGUUUCUAAACGAAAGUUGCUCGAGGGGCCUUAGCUAACUGUAAACCCGCCAAGAGCUACAACUAAAGAAAAAUCAAACAAAACAAACGGACAAACAAAACUAAGCGGUCUACUUUUACAGGGCGUCAGACCGACUGGCUGAUAAAUUUGACCAGACUUUUCGUUCUCCCGAAAUCAUUCAAUAUUUUCGCCCUGUUCACACAGAACUGACGAACCAGGUUGAAUUUUAACUUUUGUUAGGGGUUUUACCAUCUGCUCAUGCGCAGAGAACUCCUAUAGCAAACCCAAACCCGUUACACUGUCACCCAACUGAGUAACCACGCAUCCAUGCAACAGCGCCUUUACCAUAAAAAAAACUUAGACGGAAAUGGUGUUCACACAGCGUAGGUCAAAUUUUCGACAGUUCCGGCUAAAAAUUUGACCUCGACUUUGACGUGGAAGUUUUUGAACGGCUAGCCGUUUAAAUUUUCGUACGGUUAAGGUGCUGAUGUGUGGUACUGUUUGUCUCAGGACAAUAUCCUGGACGUUCUUCGUCGUAAGCUUUAAUAAACUGCAGUAAGCAUCUACAAUAAGCUGAAUUGUCCAGCCGGCCUUCGAAGGCUUAUAAACUUUGUUUAUGUUCAAUUCAAGAGUUCACGUCAACGGAUCGUUUGACUACUUUUUUUUUCUUUAGGUUGCAGUGGGGAUGAGCAGGAUUUAUCUGUAAAAGCCACUGCGGUUUGUUCAGUUUACGAGAAACCUAUACUUGUCAAUAAACCUCUUCAUAAAGGUACGCUUGAAUCUUAGAAACAUCAGCAAUAUACUCGAGAGAACAAAACUUUUUUAAAGGUAUGCUUUUAUGAACAAUUGUUCCAACGUAUUUUUCGUUCACUCGGACUCGGAUCGUGCUCAACCUGCUUAUUGUGACGUACCGUAAUUUGUGCAAUCAACUCCUGGAAAUGUUGUUUUAUUUUAUGCUUCCUUCUUCUUCCAAUCUCUCCAGUGUCUUAUCAUGUUUAUCGUUAUCUAGGUAACAUAACAUGUAAUAUGAUCUCUUGUCUUGAUUUACCAAUGAAGUGCCAAAUCCAUUUGAAGUACAGUGAAUGUCAGGAAAACAUUAACAAAUUGUUCGAUUUUUUGCUCCCGACAGAUACAGAAAACUUAGGUGUUCUGAAAAUGCUCAGAGCUGAAUAUGAGAGACGGGCAAAGUUGAAGCCACUUUCUUGGUUAAACACUAUGCAAUUACCGCUUAAAAACGUCUACACGAGACUGAAAAUUAUCUCAAGAAGAAAAGCAGACUUCCAGGUUGAAAAUGAAGAGUUGGGCAUGUACCACAUCUUCCAGGCCCUUGGCGAAAGCGAGGAUGUCAAAAUGACAUUAGCAGAGGGAAGUCCAGGAACCGGUAAAACUACGUUUUGCCUCAAACUUGCUUAUGACUGGGCACGUGGAGAAAUGCCAACUAAUUGUUCCUUUCCUAAAUUCGAAUUUGUACUGCUCCUUAAAUGUCGAGACAUAAACGGAGAUCUAAUGGAAGCUAUCAAAGAACAGCUUUUGCCUGAAGACAUCAAGGAGGAGACCUGGACAAAGCUGUCUGACUUCAUCACGGAUAUUGAUAACCAGGAGAGAAUUUUAAUUAUUUUGGAUGGCCUGGAUGAGCUUCCUGAAAAGUCACGACCAUGUGUUCAUAAACUUCUGAAGAGAAAAAUUUUACCAUUUUGUUAUGUCCUGGCUACAUCCCGGCAGGAAACAGGAAUCGAAGUUCGUAAAAACUGCGAAUUUGAUCUUCUCCUGGAGAUCAAAGGAUUUACAGAUCAAGAUUCUUUUCAGUACAUCAGGAAGCAUUUUCAAAACAUCGGUCCGGAGCAUACUUCAAAAGGAGAAAGUCUGAUAGUGGAAAUCAGAGAAAACGAUUUAUUGAAUGCACUCCGAAAUAACCCGCUCAAUUUAAUCCUUCUCUGUGUUGUUUAUGAAGACUACAAAGGAAAACUACCAACUGCCCGAACUGAACUUUAUCAAGUAGUUGUCCAGUGUCUUUUGAGACGUUAUUGUGCGAAACACAGCCUUAAAGCCCCAGGAGAAAACAGCGUCUUAGAGAAGCAAUUUGAAGAGACCAUUCUUGCCCUUGGAGAGCUAGCUUGGCUUUGUCUACUUAGUGAACGUCACGGGUUUCGUGAAAGUGAAUUAGCAGCAGUUGAAAUCAGAUACAAAGGAUUGCUAGCUCGUGACAUAGGCCUUCUUUACAAGGAAGAAAGUCUGAAAAGGUUAAAUCCGCAACAUGAGUACUAUUUCCUUCACAAGACCUUCCAAGAGUACUUGGCUGCCGCAUUUGUUGCUCACAAGUUGCGAGGAAACGAGUUAAGGUUGUUUGAGCGUCUAAGUUUUCAUGAAUUAGUGAAAAAGUAUCGAGAAGUGUUUCUUUUUGUUUCUGGUGUACUUGGGAGAGAUGCAAGCAUACUAUUCACUCAGAUUGGCGAGGAGUUAAAAAACUGGGGAGAAUGGGGCUGGGUCACUUGCGAACAGUCUGGAGUAGUGACGAUGGAUGACCCAGAAGGGGAAGAGACCUGGGAUGACUGGGACAUCGACGACGAGGACCUAGGCUGGGAAGCAGCAACUUUCUUUACAAAAAGCUUCAGUGAAAGUAGACACGCUGAAAAAAUGGCAGGAACUCUUUGUUCCUACAUACCCUUUCCUCCCCAUGUUAUGAUUGAGCUUAGCGAUGACAAGAUUGGCAAUAUGUUUCACGUUUUAGAUGCCUGCAAAACCUUUUCAAACUUACAGAAGCCAGUUUGGCUUACGGUUCAUGAUUCACAUACUCCACGUAUAAGCAAUCAGACUGUUGCAGAGUACAUACAAUCCUGCUUGCAGCUUCAGACUCUUAGCAUUGUUAUCUCUGCAAUGACUUCAGGCCUAGCCAACGCCCUUUAUAACGGUUUAUCUGGAAACAUGACAUUAUCAGAGUUUACUCUAGGAUUGUGUGGUAUUAUCCCUUAUGAUGCAGCUGUCGUCAUCGGUGAGUUGUUAGCUACACAAAAAUCGUUGAAGAACGUAACAUUUACACUUGUCUUGGUGCAAGGUGAGGCUUGGGCCAGUGCUAUUGAAACUGGAUUGUCUGCUGACACUCUUCUGUCGUCUGUGGCCCUCCACUUUCGUGGGUCAAUGAGUGAUACCGCGGUACAUGGUUUAGGAAAGCUUUCAUCAAAUAAAGCUUUGACCAAAUUUUCCCUUAAUAUUGAUGGAGACAUGCAAGAUUCGGUAGCCGCUGUUAUCAGUGACGGAAUUGCACAGCAAACCGCAUUGAAGACAUUUAGUCUUAAGAUUGAUGGCAAACUUAGUAGUUUUGGUGCUCAUAACCUGAAAAGAGGCCUUCUGGAAAAUCGCUCUUUGAAUAAUUUAAAAGUGACUGUCCUUGGAAAGGUUCCGAGCAACUGGCAGUCGUUUGCAGAAAAUAUUCGCUUGGCCAAGAACGUAUCAGUUACUUUAAGUGUAUACCCAGAUUCUUGCAGCAGAAUAACGCAUAAUCAAUUGGCUUAUUUUUGUCCUGGUCCAGCUGUGGUCGAUAAAGGAUUACAGACAAAACGGCAUUUAACUGUAAUCCUCUGGGGUGAGCUGAGUGCUGACGGGGCAGGAGCUUUAUGUGAGGUCUUGGUACGUGCUCCCCUGACAAGCGUGAAUUUGAGAGUGCACGGAAAAUUAAAUAAUAGUGUGGCUAAUUGCAUUGCAAGAUAUUUCAGCCGACGCAAGACUGUUUUCUCCCUUACGAUCGAUGUUUGGGGGAAAUUGGCCCCAGAAACAGUUACUUUUCUUCAGGGACUAUCAGGUAACAACGCAGUUGUCGAGGUGAAAGUGCGUGACGUCUGUGUCGUUCCUGACGAAUUGUGCAAGUCCCUUCAUGUCUCUAUUGACAAUAUUGCAUCUCUUACACCAGCCCUGUAUAGAAUCAAGGACAUCAGAGAGGAAAAGGUUACUCUAAAAAUCAUUAACGACGAUGUUACAUGUAAAGAGUGGACACACCUUCUAGGUAAUGCUUUGGCAGAAAACACAACAAUAACUGCGCUCGAUCUUACCAUCAACAACUACGUAAUAAACGUGUCCUCAGACUUAGGGAAAGAACUUGGAGAGAGUUUGUUGAAAAGCUCUUCAGUGAAAAUUUUAAAUCUCGUAAUCAACAACCUCAAUAACAUCGCAGAAGGCUGGGAAUGCAGUCUGCUCAACAGCUUGGCCAAACUGGCUUCAUUAACUACGCUCACUCUUGCAAUUGACAAUCGUGGUAACAUGAAGACAAUUGGAGAAAAGAGUUCGGUUGACAGUUUGAUGGCAAUGAAGUCAUUGUCUACACUUUCCGUUGUAAUCAGUGCCAAUGGCAGUGAUGUGGAUGAAUUCUGGAGCUACUUUUUUCGAACCUGUUUAGAGAAAAACACUUCACUGGCGCUACUCUGCGUAACAGUUAACAACUACUACGACAACGAGAAAGAGUUAGUUAACGGCUCUCCUUGUUUUUAUCUAAAUCCUGAAGAUGGGUACCGCUAUAAUCCUGAAGACUGGUACGAAGGCCUAGCUAAUGGUUUGGCGAUAACCACAUCAUUAAAUGAACUAACUCUGACAAUUAACCACGUAAACCUUACUAAUGAUUCUUGGGUACAACGUGUCUGUGAAGGAUUGGCAGAAAAUAAAUCAGUAACCACUCUCACUGUGACAGUUAAUGGUGUUUCCCGAUUCCCUUACUGGGUCCAUAGCCUUAUUGUGGGUUUGGCGAAAAACACGUCGGUCACUACACUCGGCCUCAACCUGAAUGAUUACUCUGAAGGCGAUGAAGGGGAUGAAGACUCCUUCUUGGAAGGUGAAAUGGAUUCCCCUAAAAACACAACAUUAACUACAGUCAAACUAACCAUCAACAUGUACGAAGAAAUCAGUCAAGACUGGUUACCCAAACUCUGUGACCUUUUCGAGAAUAGUUCCUCGUUGACUGCGUUAAGAUUGGAAGUAAACAACCAUUGCGCGUCACAUAAGAGUCGCCUAUAUGACUUCAGCAGACUUCGGUUGAAAUGCAAGUCUUUAUCCUUAUUUGACCUCACUGUAACCUUCUAUGGAGAGUAA